UCCGGCAAUUAAGUGGGCUCCAAAAUGCAUGCUGUCUUUUUAACUUUCUAUCGUCAUCACAGUUUACAGUUUCUAUCUUCCUUCUCCAACUCAACAUAAUCAUUAUUUAGCUUCAUAUUUAUACACAGAAAUGGCGGUACUAGAAUUCCCUCUCCUACAGAAUUGAUUAUAUACGACGAAAUGCAUGGUAUUUCUUGCUAUAAUAUACUACUGGACUGUUUCACCAAACCUAAACGAUCUCCUACAUAUAUAGACUCAGGUUGAAAUCUGAAAACCCAACUUCAAACUCGAUUGGUGGUGGAUCAACUGUCAGCCCCAAUUCUAUCAACGAGACUGGUUCGAUUUGUUAAAAUUGUAAACAUCCUAAGCUCGAAUUUGCUGACAAGGGUUUCAAAGGGUUCAAGGAAAAAAGUGCCAUUCUCAGUUUAAGUUGCGUUAUCUUUAGGGAUUUUUCAAGUGGCUGAAAACUUUCUAUGUUUGGGAUGACCUAAAGUAAAGAUGAGUUCUUGAUUCAACAUGGCUAUGUUGGAAGUGAAGGGAUGUAGUAAAGAUGAGUUCUUGAUUUCCCAAUCCUUUGGUUGUGUGGCUCUGUGCAUUGUGUUACGUUCAAUUAUACUUGUGGUCCGACCUUUACACAGACCCCGCGUAUAGCGAGAACUUAGUGCACCAGGCUGUCCUUUUAACAAUGGAAGGCUCAUCUCAGUCUGGUAGGGAGAGGUCUGAAAGUUCUAGAGGUUUGAAUUCAUCGGGUGUUGUGGAUUGGAAUUCAAGACUUCGUGCAAGUGAUGCCUCUCAUGAUGAUUCUGGAUUUGUUUCAAAGGAGUGGGAGAGAAUUGAGUCAUCUGAUAUAAAUUGUCUUAAAGAUCAAGGGGGUCGAGUAAUCGAUCGUAAAGAUGUUAGUUUGAGACAGUGGUUGGAUAAUUCAGAGAGAACUGUUGAUGCUCUUGAAUGUUUGCAUAUAUUCACUCAAAUUAUAGAGAUUGUAAAAUUGGCUCACAGUCAGGGAAUAGCUGUUCAUAAUGUGAGGCCAUCAUGUUUUGUUAUGUCUUCUUUUAACCGUGUUGCGUUUAUUGAAUCUGCUUCGUGUUCUGAUUCGGGGUCGGAUUCAUGUGAAGAUGGGCUAAAUAGUUCAUCUUCACCUUUGCCUCAUGACUCUGACCAAAGGGGAAGGCAAGGUUUAGAAAGUAGUUGCUUGCAGUCAAGUUCAGGUCAUAAUAUGGUGCAGAAUUUGGAAGCUAAUAAGAAUAGACAAGUGGAAGAAAACAAGCAUACUUUUCCAAUGAAAAGGAUAUUGCACCUGGAAAAUAAUUGGUAUACUAGUCCAGAAGAGGUUGAUGGUGCUCCAGGCACUUGUGCUUCAGAUAUUUAUCGACUCGGAGUGCUUCUCUUUGAGCUAUUCUGUACCUUCAACUCAUCAGAUGAGAAAAUUGCAAAUAUGUCAUGUCUAAGACAUCGUGUCCUACCCCCACAAUUGUUGUUGAAAUGGCCUAAAGAAGCUGCAUUUUGCUUAUGGUUACUACACCCGGAACCAAGUAGUCGGCCAAAAAUGGGCGAGUUGCUAGAAAGUGAAUUCCUUAUAUCUCCUAGACAUGACUUGGAAGAACGUGAAGCAGCAAUAGAGCUUAGAGAAAAAAUAGAUGAGCAGGAAUUAUUGCUGGAGUUCCUUUUGCUAAUCCAACAGAAAAAGCAGGAGGCUAUGGAAAAUUUGCACGAAAUCGUGUCUUUUUUAUCAUCUGAUAUAGAAGAGGCCACUAAGAUGCAGACAGCCCUUAAGUUAAAAGGAGGCUCAAACUUAGAACCAGUAGAAGAGGCCACUAAGAUGCAGACAACCCUUAAGUUAAAAGGAGGCUCAAGCUUAAAACCCACUAAGAAUUUGAGUUCUCGGAGGACAAAUACUAUUGAAGAUCAUGAUUCUGGGAGCUCAGGAUCUAGAAAGAGAUCUAGGCUCAGCACAGGUGAGGAAUCUGAUGGCCAUCCAGAUGAAAGCCAGAAAUCUGAAAGGCAUAUUGAAUAUACAGGCAGCAUUUCGGCAAAAAGUUCCCGGUUGAUGAAGAACUUCAGAAAAUUGGAGGCAGCAUAUUUCAUGACAAGACGCAGGGGUAUUAAAUCAAUGGAAAAAUCUAUGAGCAGAAAUUGUCAAACAAGUGCCGAAUGUAGAAGUACUGAAAGAAGUUCUCUGAGUAAUUUGUCAUCAAAGGGAGGUUGCAAUGGGGAUAGACAGAGUGGAUGGAUCAAUUCGUACUUGGAGGGUUUGUGCAAGUAUUUUUCUUAUAGCAAGUUAGAAGUGAAGGCAGAUUUGAAGCAAGGGGAUCUUCUAAACUCUUCCAAUCUCGUAUGUUCUCUUGGCUUUGAUCGUGAUGGUGAAUUUUUUGCAACUGCGGGUGUAAAUAAGAAGAUCAAAGUUUUUGAAUAUAACUCAAUUCUAAAUGCCGAUCGUGAUAUACACUAUCCAGUCGCUGAGAUGGCUAACAGAUCAAAGUUAAGCAGUAUAUGUUGGAAUGGCUAUAUCAAAAGCCAGCUCGCGUCAAGUAACUUUGAAGGUGUGGUGCAGGUAUGGGAUGUCACAAGAAGUCAGCUUUUUAUGGAGAUGAGAGAGCAUGAGAAACGCGUCUGGUCUGUUGACUUUUCAGUAGCAGAUCCAACCAUGUUGGCAAGCGGGAGCGAUGAUGGUUCUGUUAAGCUUUGGAAUAUCAAUCAGGGAGUAAGUGUUGGAACCAUAAAAACAAAAGCCAAUGUCUGCUGUGUUCAGUUCCCUGUUGAUUCUGGACGGGCCCUUGCUUUUGGUUCAGCAGAUCAUAAGAUAUAUUACUAUGACCUACGGAACUCAAAGUUGCCUCUAUGCACAUUAGUUGGACACAACAAAACAGUGAGCUAUGUCAAGUUCAUAGAUUCAACAACUCUUGUGUCUGCAUCUACGGAUAAUACAAUAAAGCUGUGGGAUCUGUCAACGUGCACGUCUCGUAUUCUUAAUUCUCCUCUUCAGUCAUUUACUGGACAUAUGAAUGCAAAGAACUUUGUCGGCCUAUCUGUAUCUGAUGGUUAUAUAGCAACUGGCUCAGAGACAAAUGAGGUUGUCAUCUACCACAAAGCUUUUCCAAUGCCAGCAUUAUCAUUUAAAUUUAACUGCACAGAUCCUCUUUCUGGUGAUGAAGUGGACGACAGUGCACAGUUCAUCUCAUCUGUGUGUUGGCGUGGUCAGUCCCCUACCUUAGUUGCUGCAAAUUCCAUGGGAAAUAUCAAGCUCUUGGAGAUGGUAUAAUGUGGUUGAAACCCCUAAAGGAUUGACUAGUUACUUCAAGAUGAAGAAAGGUGUGAAGGACAGGAGUUCAGCAAAGGUAAAUGAGGGGGUUACACCAAGAUAUUGUCGUAGCUGAGAUAAACUCGAUAUGAUAGCAUGGUAACAAGGAAGUUGCCAUCAAGAAACAAAUAUUUUUGUAGUUAGUUCAUAGUGGAAGCAACUCAAUGAAGUAUGAGAUAUUUCUCAUGGUGGAAUGUGCUGUAAAUAAAUAUUGGUUAGGGGGUGUGGGAAGAAGAGAUUCAAGUGUUAUUCUCUUUGUAUAUUCUGUAAUUUUGAGUUCUAAUGAUAAUUUCAGGAAUGUAAUAUCUUGGCCUGAUGACAUUAAGUAGAAGAAUGCAAGCAGCGUCUUAGAAUCCAUUCUGUAUCUCAUUUAGUUCACAUUGAUCUCAUCAGCUGCUAAACAUGCGAGUGCAAGGAGGCAGAGGUAACAUUUGAGAUUAUUCAUUUUUCACUACGUUCUGUGUAUGAUAUGUAUGCUGGUCAUGACCAGCCAACUCGUUUGACAAAAAACAUGCAAAAUUAUGAAUAGCAAGUUUCCAACUUUUCCUUGGGA